AUGGAGAAUAAAUCACAGUCGCCAGUGCUUACCAAGAAGCACUCUCUCGCCGACAUUCGCUUUCCAUCCCCAGGCUCGCAAUCAACACAUGGCUGCGAUCAUGUCAGGGCUCAGCUUGAAGCUUCACAGCCCCAGCUGAUCAAGCGAUACACGACUUUGAUGCAAACUGUACACAAGUAUGGCGCAAUUGGUCCUCACCUAAACAAGUCAUCCGCCAUCUCAUUACGCCCUACCUACCUCUGCUUAGACUGUUCGAGUGUCUUUGCCUCGGAAGAGCGCGAUCAGCAUGACAAGAAGCACAUUCUUUGUGUGGAAUCAUCAAAGGGCAAUGUGUACUGCCGGGACUGCGACGACUUUGUCUAUGACAAUGCUCUCGAAGACAUACGCACCCAACAAGGCAAGAAGCGCAAGCACACCGUUUUCAUGUCCGAUGUCGACAGCAAGAUUCUCGCCGCAAACGCCGCACCCACACCAUGCCGCGCCAAAGGCCUUCGCGGACUCUACAACAUGGGACAGACAUGCUUCAUGUCGGUCGUCCUACAAUCCUUGAUCCACAACCCCUUCAUCCGCGCCUUUUACCUUUCCAUCGGUCACCGCUCCAUCGACUGCGAACGCGAAGCAUGCACUUCAUGUGCUCUCGACGACAUCAUUACCGAGUUCCACAGUACUGAAAAGGCUGAAGGUUACGGUGCAGUGGCCAUGCUUCAGGGAAGUUGGAAAGGAGGUGGUAAUCUGGCUGGCUACCAACAACAGGAUGCUCACGAGUACCUGCAGUUUAUCCUGAACUCGCUCCAUACCACGAAUCUUGAAGAAGAUGAGAAGGAGGAAAAGGCUGAAGACUGCAAUUGCGUCAUUCACCGUGCCUUCUGUGGCCUGAUGCGCAGCACUGUUGUCUGUUCCAAGUGCAAGAACGUCACAGCUGCCGUGGACCCAUUCAUGGACCUAUCUCUCGACCUCAAGAGUGCUGGACCCAAGAAGAAAAAGAACGAUCCACCCGUGGCACCUCAAGCCGUCAAUCUGACCGAAUGCCUCGACCGUUUCACAAGUCCGGAAGUCUUGCCAGCUUCGGACUACCGCUGUCGAGAGUGUGACAGCCAACAGACCGCCACCAAACGUCUUGCUCUGUCACGACUACCGCCGGUGCUGCCGAUACAUCUGAAACGCUUCUCUCACUCGAAGACUUCCUCUACGUCCAUUAAACUCGAUGCCAAAGUGCAUUUCCCGACCAUCUUGGACAUGCAACCCUAUGUCAGUCGGCCGCGCUCUAAGAAGGGCGGUAGUGAAACCAAUGGGGCUAAGAAUGGUGCGGACGCUGAGAAGGGUACAUCCCCGCGCCCUAUGUAUGAGCUCAGCAGUGUCAUUGUGCAUAAGGGCAAAAUGGAUAGCGGUCAUUAUGUGAGUUAUGCUAGAGAGGGUGAUGAAUGGUUCCUGUUCGAUGACAGCAAAGUCGUUUUGGUCGAAGAGAAAGAAGUCUUGGCUGCAGAAGCAUACAUGCUCUUCUAUAUUGUUCAGGAAAUUGAGGUUUGA